CACAGGCGCCGGAGCUCCGUCGGCUCAGAGCAGGGGGUCGGGUCGCGGAGAGAGUGAGAAGCUCCGCGGCCGCCACCCCGCGCCCUCGCAGCGCCUUCGCGCGGACGAAACGGCUACCAAGAAGUAGAUGCCCAGACGUAAUGGUGAGGAACUAGACCAUGUGUCAUGGAAUAAGAUGUGGUAUAGCGUCCAUCCAGAUAAGUUAAGGUAACAAACGAAGACGUCAUAUUUUGAAAUAUGAUUAAUCUCCUGAUGCAGCGUCAGAAGCUAACAAUCUUAAUGGACAGAUCUAGUGCUCACAUGGUCUUCUGAAGAAGCCAUGGGUAGCUGUUGUAGCUGUCCAGAUAAAGACACUGUCCCAGAUAACCAUCGGAACAAGUUUAAGGUCAUUAAUGUGGAUGACGAUGGGAAUGAGCUAGGCUCUGGUGUGAUGGAGCUUACAGACACGGAGCUGAUUCUAUACACCCGGAAACGGGACUCGGUAAAAUGGCACUACCUCUGCCUACGACGAUAUGGCUAUGACUCAAAUCUAUUUUCUUUUGAAAGUGGCCGAAGGUGUCAAACUGGACAAGGAAUUUUUGCUUUUAAAUGUGCCCGUGCAGAAGAAUUAUUUAACAUGUUGCAAGAGAUUAUGCAAAAUAAUAGUAUAAAUGUGGUGGAAGAGCCAGUUGUAGAAAGGAGUAGUCACCAGACAGAGUUGGAAGUCCCUAGAACACCUCGAACACCUACAACUCCAGGGCUUGGUGCUCAGAACUUACCUAAUGGGUAUCCCCGCUACCCCUCGUUUGGAGAUGCUUCAUCCCACCCCUCAAGCCGGCACCCUUCUGUGGGAAGUGCUCGCUUACCUUCAGUCGGCGAAGAAUCCACACACCCUUUGCUCGUGGCUGAGGAACAAGUACAUACUUAUGUUAACACUACAGGUGUGCAAGAAGAGCGAAAAAACCGAGCAAGUGUGCAUGUCCCCGCAGAGGCAAGGGUUUCUAAUGCUGAAAGCAACACACCGAAAGAAGAGCUGAGUAACACUGAAGACAGGGACCCUCAAGUGCUUCUUAAGCCUGAAGGAGUCAAGUUUGUUUUAGGACCAACUCCUGUUCAGAAGCAGUUAAUGGAAAAGGAGAGACUGGAGCAACUUGGAAAAGACCCAGUCAGUGGGAGUGGUGCGAGUAGCACAGAAUGGGACACUGGCUAUGACAGUGAUGAACGCAGAGAUGUGCCCCCUGUCAACAAACUGGUGUAUGAGAAUAUAAACGGGCUAUCUAUCCCUGGUGCCUCAGGGGUCAGGAGAGGUCGUCUUACAUCUACCAGCACCUCGGACACCCAGAAUAUCAACAACUCAGCGCAGAGAAGACCUGCGCUAUUAAACUAUGAGAACUUACCGUCUUUGUCUCCUGUUUGGGAAGCCCGCAAGCUCAGUAGGGAUGAAGAUGACAGUUUAGGACCAAAGACCCCAUCUCUAAAUGGUUACCAUAGUAAUCUAGACCCAAUGCACAACUAUGUUAACACAGAGAAUGUAACAGUGCCGGCAAGUGCUCACAAAAUAGACUAUUCAAGGCGUAGGGAUUGUACACCAACAGUCUUUAACUUUGAUAUCAGGCGCCCCAGUUUAGAACAUAGGCAACUCAAUUAUAUACAGGUGGAUUUGGAAGGGGGCAGUGACUCUGACAACCCUCAGACUCCAAAAACACCGACCACUCCCCUCCCACAAACCCCCACCCGGCGCACAGAGCUGUACGCUGUCAUAGACAUUGAGAGAACUGCUGCUAUGUCCAACUUGCAGAAAGCACUGCCGCGAGACGACGGUACCUCCAGGAAGACUAGACACAACAGUACUGACCUGCCCAUGUGAGCCCGGCAAGCACUGCGUCGCACCUUCGUGAAGGUUUUCAAAGUGAAGAUGCAAUGCUUCCUUUUCAUUUCUACACUAACUCCUUUUAUAGACUGUCUUUUUUUUUUUCUGAAUAUUUCAUGUGCAUCAUUAAAGGGAAUUAAUGCAGAGCAGGUACUCCUUACAGAACACUAAUCUCAUGAUAGUCUACUCAUUGUACAGCAGCACCCCCAGUUUCACAGUGCCUAUUUAACAGGAGAAUUGAAGUCGGUGCUGUGCUGGUGGAUUUGUACUCAGUAUUCUGGGGGUAUGCACAGCCUUCAUGACUAAGUCGUGGUUGGCAUUUGAACCCUUGAUAACGUCUCUUGAGAAUGUGCAUUGCUAACAUAACGCUAGGCCCCAGAGGAAUUCUGGUAGAUGACUGUCCACAGGGUACGGUCUCCAGCAUGGGACAUGAGGAUUUUAUUUUGUUAGUUAAAGGCUUUUUGACUUGGGCCAAAUUUGUGUAAAAGUAACAAAGAGAACCACACUUCCUCUUAUACUAGCCAGCUCCUCCGUGUCUCUUCGGUGUACUAGAAAGAGUCCAGGCUUGUAAUGAUAGUUAUGUGAUGGAAAGCAGACAGGAGACGGCUCUGUGCCCUCACCUCCUGGUGUCAUUUGAAGGGCGUGUCCAGAUAGCAUUUUAUUCAAGAGUUAUGAUGGGUUUAGGAAUCAGUCUCAGGUCACUUUACAGAAAACAUUUGAAAGUCUACACCAUGAUCUCUUGGUGUUUCUUUGUGAUAGACUGUAUCGACAGCACACUGUUUCUGGACACAUUUGUAACAUUAAAUCCCCAUUGAGCUUCAGGUUUUCUUCCCUUUGGUCUUUGGGUUGUCUUACCUGUUAUGUAAUCUUUUUCAAUUUACAAUACAAUGUUUGUGUAUGGUUUUGGAAUGGGCUUGUGUGUUUGCUGUUUCUUCUUAGUCUGCAUUUUUCUCCUUAUGGUCUUGAAGGUCCAUUUGGAGCUGACCGUUGUUCUCUACCAGGGUUGCCCGUGUCCAGUAUUUAUUUAUCUGCUGUUUACUUUUCAAGAUGAUGAAAAAAGCAUCGUUUGGAUUUUAAAUUUCAUUUGUGUCCAGGGUGAUCUCUUUAGUAGCUAAGAAGAAAAGGAAGAUACUCUUAAAUAUGUGAGUCCCGGAAGGUCCUGUCCUCUCUGGGGUGCCCUGCGCAGCACUUUAGCAGAGGUUGUCUCAGCUCCACGGCUGCAGGCCCGCUCUGCCUGCUCUGCUGUCCGCUCACGUGGAGCUGGGCUCUUAUCCCGUGAUGUUGGUGAGCUGUUGACAUUGUUGCCAGCGUAGCGGGUACAGGGACGCUUUGAAGCAGUGCGAUUAUGUCAUAAUUGAGGAUGUGAAGUAAAUAAGGUUCAUAUAAACUGAUGAGAUCCCAGAUUUUGAACUCUUGGAAGUCAAGAACACUCCCAAGCCAUUGUAUAAUAAAGAGAAGGGAAGAGUGAAAGGACAGGCAGCCUUACAAAAGAGUUUACUUUUUUUUCUCUAAAGUUGAGGAAGUUUCAUAUUAGAUCUGGAUAUACCAGAUGUGACUGAGGUGGAUUUAACAAGAAACAGUUUCAGUCAUCCGGUAUUCAGUACAUUUAGGAGCUCGUCGCAGAACAGGGACUGGAUUAACAGAGGAGUAGCUUGGGGCCAUGAUACGUAAAUCAUCACGUGUGCUCAUCCUCAGUGCCAUUGGUUUGUAGCAUAGCAGACAUUUCUUUGUCCUUGUCCCUCUGUGAACUAAAGUGUUCGCUGUUCUCUUCAGCUGUGCAAUUUCCAUGUUCAGUACACUAUGCCAUUUGUCCUUCCUUCUGAGUACCUUGCUAAUUGUGCCAAAUUUCAGUGGUGGUUUUUGUGACGUGGGGUAAGGAUGCUGAUGGGAAAACCCCCAUUUCCUCUGUAUGUCUGAGCAGUCUGGACGGAAGUAAGUCUCCACCUCAGAGGGCAGGUCUGCUUGGUCGUCUCCACGCUGGGGGCUUUCUUUCCUAGUACACUUUACUUUUCCCUUUAGAUUUGAAUUAGAUUUUACAUUUUUAGCUGACUAAUAUCAUCAUUACAGCAUAUGCUUUAAGUAGUACAUGACUUAAGAAUGCAAAUGGGACCAAUUUGUCUGCUAAGCAUUUGAUUUUAGGGGACAGUGUGACUAUUAGGAAGAAGUAUAACAGGUGUGUUCAUUUCUAGACGUCUUCUGGAAACCACCUUUGUUUCUGUUUAAUCAGUCAUGUAGAACACCUGUAUCCUUUACGGUCGUCUCCUGAUGGGCAUUAAGCUCUGUCUUGGAAGAAUGUGCCUGUUACUAGUUGGUGAAUAUUAGAGUGAGAUUCUUUAAUGGCACAUAUUUGUAGUCAUAUGUUUCAGAUUUUCUGAAGCAAACAAUUUUAGAUAAUUGGGUUUGUUGAUCAGACCAUGUCACCCCACUUUUUGGUUUUGGAAAUAUAAUCCUUGCUUCUUUGUUCUCUCCCCAAAUAAAAUCCUUUUUUAGUUCAUAUAGAUCCUAUUUUUUUUUUUUUCCAGACCAGGGCUGGAGACUGAUAAGAGUAUAACUAGUGUUUUCUGAAGGUUGUGUUCCCCAGUUUCAUCUUCCUUUGAAAAGUGAGAAUAUGGUGCCUUCCCUCCCUCCUUCCAAGAAGGUUUGCAAAUUGUUCCUGUAUCCCCCCGCUGCUGUGGAGUGAUGAGACAUGCACUUUACUCUUGAAGAUUCAGCAAAAAGCUUUUCACUUCUCAUUAUAUUCAGAAUAGACCACAUUUCGGACUUCAGAAACUUUGCCAAACAGUCUUUGUCAUUACAGAUAUUAAUGUUGCCCCUUCUGCCUGCACCUCGUACUGUGUUAUAAGUCAAACUGGCAUUUGUUUAUGCUCCCCACUGCACCCACCCUGAAUCUGUGGCACAGCAUAUAAAAAUGUACCUCACUGAAGUUCUAUUAAAAAUGGACAGGGGCCUUACGUUUUCAUAAUUUCCCAGCAAUGUGCCACCAUGUAUUUGCCUCAAGGCAAAGGCUUAACAAGCUAACAAGUACUUCCUCGUUCCCCUGUGCUGUUUUCUACCCACAUACCCAAGUGUUUGUGCAAUGUGUAGUGUGUAUGUAUAAGUAUAUAUAUAUAUAUAUUCUUUAGAGACAUCAUUCAGAAGUAAUGUAUUGGCAUCUCAUUCAUAUUUCUGAUGUGAAGUAUAUGGUACUAUUUACUUUUUCCUUAAUGUUUGCCAAAUUUGAAUCAAGGCAUUGGUACGAAAUUACAGCAUGUGAAGAGUUAACCUGAAAUCCUUUCCCCUGUCAGUGUGCUCCACGCAGACCAGCACACUGCCGUCUCGCUGCCCGCUUCCCAUCCCUGUGUCCUCGAUCUUCAGGGUGUAACACAAUUCUUUCAUAGCAUCCUAUCGUUGCAAUUCUCUGGCAGUUGGACAAUGACAACGUGGAAACAGGCUGGUAUAGAUAGUACAGUAGUCACCAGGGUGCCGCAUUCGCAUUAGUAAAUGCAAAAUAGAUGUUUUAUAAAGGACAGACUUUGUGUUAUGUUUCUAUUUUCAUUACAUUGUAUAAUAAUGUAAGAUUAUUGUAUGUUCUAAUUUGCAUUAUAAAUUUUUUCCUACAUAAAGGCAUAAAUAUAGCAACAUUGUAUAAAGGUAGCUUAUUAGAUUUCAAUUUUCUUUUAUAAAAGUUUUCUACAGUGGGACUACCAUUGCCAAAUUGUAUAUGAGAUAUGAAUUUUCCCCUAUGGUUAAUUUCUUUUCUAAACAUUCCAUAUUUCUCUAAUGAAAGACAUGAUACUGUACUAUGCAUAAAUUGUGUUUUAAUGCUGUUUCAUAUCAGCAGGUUAAUUUUGCGUUGGCAAACGUAACCACUGUUAUUACAAUAAAACCUUGUGUGUGUAACGGCGUCGCUGGCCCUCUGGCCCUCUGUCCUUGUCCUUGCUCCCCCGUCAGUGCCAAUGUCAGACGUCCUGUAGCAUGGCAAUAAACAGACCUUUUACACUGA